CUUUAUUCUCAUACAUGACCACUGUUUUUAUUUAAGAGGCUCUAAAACGCGGUGGUAAAAAGUAUGAGUUACCUUCCUAGCUUGGAUUACUAGGACGCCGUUUUAUGAACACACUGAAACCCCUUAAAUUAGGUAAUUAGCGUUAGUUAAACUAUAUUUAGGGGAAGCAGUAAUAUCGAUAUUAGUUAAUCUAUAUUGGUAGAGUGUGAAAUUAGAGUUUAUUAGUAGUAGUAGUAGUAAUAUCGCGACCACCAGCGCCGGAAAAGUGAAACAGCAGGCAGGAGGGAGACGCACAAAAUGGAGGCGGCCGUUUAACUUUCUGUUUCUUUUUCGAUUCUCGACGCUUCUCAGGAGCGGAGCGAGGCGGCGGGCAGCGCGGGCAGGGGGCUGGUAGCCGGCGUGCGGCUCCGGGGGACUGAUAUCCAGCUGUUGGGGGGGAUAUCUGAGCUGCAGUGAGAGUUACAGAGUUAAAUACUAAUAAUAAGUGUGAUAAACUGCGAGCUGCGCGGUGUAACGUUAGCCGUUAGCCUGGUAGGCUAACUGUAGGUGUUAGCUUAGCUUAGCUUAGCUUAGCCUAGCUGUUUGGAGAAGGUUCUUCCUGGUUGCACAACCAGCCCAACUAUACAGCCCUCAGGCCAUCCAACCAGUUUAUUCAGUUACAGCCCUGCUCACAAAAUACAGCCUUUACCCCGCUGGAGACCACCAUGUUCACCUUCGGAUAAGCGCUGUGAGGAGUUAAAGCUUCAGUUCUGGGGUUUGAGUCGAAGCUGAAGACGCCUGGAAGGAGAGAAAUGUAGUUUAAGGAAGGAAAAGCAGCAAGACGAGAACAAACACCAGAUGCCUCGCCUUCAUGGAGAAUGACGCUACGCUAGCUAAAGAAGGUCUUCUUGAGCCUGUACUUCCAGGCUCAGUAACCUUUGACAGCAGUAUUUUAGCGCCUCUACGGAACAACUACUUGUAUGAGGAGUCCAAUGAGUGUUUUACUUACAGUUCAGCGUAUUUGAUCAAUAGUGCAAAACUUCAAGAACGGUAUUCUGCUUUCCGAGCUGAGAAACAGAAAAAUGGCUACUCUAAAGGGGAACUGGAAGAGUCUUUUGGCUUCUUGUUAUUUGAUGAGAAAUCCAGGGCAAAUACACUUGCGGAUAAUGGAUUAAUGGUGGGACAAGGGACAUGCACCAUUCUCGGAGAUUCCUCAAAGGGUGUAUAUAUUUCGAAGUACUCUGACUGCCUUGACCUGAAACGCUGGUAUGAUGGCAAGACCGGCUACAUUGUCCUCCUAAAGUUGACAAAGGGUCGAGUUAAAGAGGUGACGGAAAACUACACCCAGAACUUCACGCCUCCAACCGCUGGCUUCGACUGCCAUGUGUCCGACCAGCUCGGAGCAGUGUGCGCCACCACCAGCUCUUUCCUGGCUUUCGAGCGGACUCAGUAUUAUUUGUAUGAGCUGCUGGAUGGAGGAAAUAAGCCUGAGCCGUGUCCGAGGCACGUGUGCCCAUUCGCUGUCGUGGCCUUUUCUUAUGGAAAGACUUCCACCUCACUACAGCUGAAAGAGAAAAGUCAAGAAAAAACAUCAUUUCAUUACCAACCAUGGAGUGGCCAACUCAAGAUCGAGUCUGUUGUAUACAAUGUUGGGUUGCAGUCCAUCCAUGGAGCCACGUUCCCCGCAAAUCUUUCUAAAACAGUUAAAGUUGACCACGCUAUUGGAGUCUCUGAGCUGAGGAAGACGUUACCCCAAUCAAUUUUUGAAACUUCUUUUCUCGGUGAAGUCUCUCUGGACAGCAGAUGUUUCAGACUGUAUGAUGUCGUCUCCUUGGAAGAAAAGAGCGAUCUGUCUCUUUUAACUCAGGAGUUGAAGGAGAAAGAUUUGGCCCUUGUUGUAUGUUUAGAUGAUGGUGGUUUCCUUAUAAUAUUGCAUUCGUCGCAUUUCUUGUCUUACGAAGGUGUUGGAACUGAUAAGGCCUCUGGUCUUCAAGGCCUGUUCAUUUUCCCUGACUCCAGAACAGUACCAAGAGAAACCAAGAGGCCACACAGCAAGCCUAAGAUUUCAGCAGAGGUUCUCCGGGUCCUCCCAGCAUUGAAUUACGCUGAAUCAGAAAUGGAGAAGUGUCCUUCGAGUCAGCAGGGAGAGCCCCUCGGCACAGUGGAGAAGCAUCUGCAGAACUUUGCUACGCUAAUUUUACCUGGACUGUCAAGCAGCCCUGCUCGGGAAGCCAGUAUGUUUCCAGACCAGUACGAUGUACCUGAUGGUUUCCCAUUGAUUGCCCCAAAAUGGACAGAAGGUGCUGGGGCAUGCUUAAAGAAGUACUUGAACAAUCCAUGCGGCUUUGUGAUUCCGGUAGCGAGGGCUGUGGAGCUCCUCGUUCCUGAAAAACAGCAGCGCAGUGAUGACGAUCACGAUGACGAUGUCUAUUAUUAUAUAUCUUCACCUGAGGAGGCUCCUCAAACACCUGCUGGCGUGGCUGUGGCUGAGGAAGGGGAUGUGGCGGAGGAAGCUGCUGUGAGUGGAAGUAAUAACGAGGAAGUGAAAACCACCACAGUCGUCAAAGAGCAAACUGAGAAUCAGAAAGAAGUGCCUGCAGAUGUGCCUCACUCUGCUUUGCAAGAAGAGGAUGGCACACCUGGUACAGUGGUGGUUGUGGUAUCUUCUGAAAACCCUUUAAACAGGACAGAUUCCUCACCUACGUCGAGGGAAUUGCUUGAACAAAGUGUUGAAAUGGUUGCAGACAGUGAAAAAACACCUGAGAAUGUCUCAGCUAAUGAUGCUAAUGAACACAGUGGAGAUACAGUGGAGUCUCCACAAGAAAUAUCAAAAGAAACUCCACUUCAAACCACAAGUGAACCUUUAACAGAAGAGAAAAGUGAUGUCUCGAGUGAUGUGGUGGCAGCUAAAGUGGAUGGAGCCAAUCCACAUCCUGAAGUAGAAGCUGAGAUGCUUGAUGAUGAUAUUUCUGGGAGUAUACCUGUUGUGGACAAGGACGUUCCAAAAGAAGCAGAUCUUCCGAUGUCUGUUUCAGCUUCUACUCCGUCAGAAAAACAGAUUGAAGAAUUGGUUGUAGAAAGUGAAAAAGUAGAACCGCUAACAAACAGCACUAAUGUUUUACCUCAUAAAAAGCGCAACACGAAACAUUUACAGGGAUACCGCAGAAGGAAAAGGAAGGGUCUGAAACGGAGUCUUAAGCAAAUGGACGAAGCAUCAGCUGGACCUGAUCACAACACUACUACUAAUACUACGCCUGGACAGAGCAGUAGUAGUGAAUUAGUGGUUGAUUCCUCACACAGCGAUCCGCUGAGAAAAGACUGGCGUUCUCUCCCAAGGCGUAAGAAGCUCUGGAGUCCUGAUGAUGGUAAAAAGCGGGCAUUGAGGUCCAUUGUCAAGAGCAGUGAAACCAGUGAGACCUCAGUGGAGAAAAGUAAAAGUCCCACCAUUACAGAGCCGCCGAGUAUCACAGAAAGCAGUGUGUCCAGCACACCGAAACGAAAAAUGGAAGGCUUUAACAUGAGAGAACGAUACGGGCUCAAGACCAUAAUCACAGACUGUGGUUUUGUCUUUGUUCCCCAUGGAUCUGAAGUUGCAGAAGCAGACAUAAAGACGUCUCAAGAUUUAAAAGAAAGCAAAGACUCUUCCUUGGUCUCUACUACCAGUCCUGUAAAGGAUAAACCAGAGAAAAAUGACUCACCGAUCAUACCUUUUCCAUUACAGCUGGAUAAGGACGAUCAACAUUCGCCCCUAACACACAUACUACAAAACCUUCCCAUCAACACAGCAGCUACAGCUCCAUCUUCCCAACAAAUUUAUGAGAAAGAUUCCAGAUCUGUUCAGAAAAAUACAGAACAGUCACCGACUCCGGAGCCCAAAAAAAGCGUCUACAAGGCAAUUUCCAUCAGUAAACUAAAGACUGUGCUCAAAAGAGCAAGACAGACUAAAUCUCAGGAAAAAUCAGAAUCGGAUAACACAGAGCCUGAACUGAAAAAGGACAAGCCGAGCACAGAUGUGGACUUGAACAAAUCUGAGAGUGGAAAGUUGAGUCCUCUGAAAGAAGUGAAUAAACUGACUGCUAAUGAGCCGAGCAAAACUACACCGUCCAAAAAAGUCCUUGUGUCUUGGAGAGAGCUUAAGAGCCCGCCGUCUCACGAAAAGCUGAAGCCGAAAGAAAAUGGAUGCAUCAUGUUUGGCCCUUCUGCCCCAAAUGAACUAGUUAAACAAGCUGGCCCACAGCCCGUUUCUGCACUUACUGGGAACAGGGUGGUAGGAAAAGCUGUUAGCUCUGAGAGCAAAAGCAGUAAAGCGGCACUGGCCACCAGCCCACCCCUGCAUUCUGAUGCUCUUAAUCUUCUGGCUGAUUUGGCCCUCAGUGCGAAUAGUGAGAAAAUGCUGCCUAAUCCAGCAAAAGCCAGAAAGAAGAGCCAUGCUGGAGCCAAGACGAGUAACUCGCCGGAGUCGGUCCUUCACGCUCUGUUGCGAGGCUCUUCUGCCAAAUUAAAAUUACCCCCCCAGUCCCCUUUUCCAGAGAGUCUUUUAGUACCGGGGGAACUGCUGUUGGAAAUAUCAAAAGAGCAUUCUUACUCACAGCCCACCUCUCUGCUAUCAGGUUCAUCAGGAGCGCCCCCCCAGUUUCGCCCUCCUGCUGGAUCUGUUGGCUCUCUUCUCUCCUUGGACCCUAAGCUCCACCUGAAGUUACCACAUCACAGUAGUGGCACAAUCUAUGAGGAGAGAGGAGGAAAAAAUGGAUGGAGACACCGGGCAUCCUUAGAUGUUCCCCACCCAUCCUCCAGAGUACAAAGGCCGAGGUCGUUCCACCACCGGCACGUCAUUGAAAAAGAUGGCCUGCUGCAAGUUGCGAGACUUUGGAAAGAAAAGUAUGACUGUAGAUUUGACAGCAGGUUCACGAAUGACGCUCUGGAGAAAAGCGUGACGAGAGCGCUGCAUGGCAAAUGGGAUUUCGGCAUUGAAGACACCUUUGAGCAGGUCCAUCUCAUCUUCCAUAUGUGGAUAGGUCUUUUCUACAGCAAGCGCACCUCAAGGUUCUUUCACUUUGACCAGAACUGUGCACCUCUAGAGAAAAAAGACCCUCCACAUGUUCCCAACACUAUCAGUCCAAUUCAGGCUGCUUCAAAACAGCCUGGCGUUCAUUUGAGUUCCAAAGAGGACAAAGACGAUUCAUUGCGUCCUGCAGCAGAUAUUCUGGAUCUGUCAGUCAAAACGUCUGGGCCUUCCAGUAACUGCACUGUAACACAAGGAAACAGUAAGGAGAGACCUGCAACCAGUUCUGACACAAAAACAAGUCUGGUAAACACAACAGAAAGUAAAAAGCCCAGUACCACGGACAGUUCACACCAGGCUCCUAAUGUUCCUACAAAAUUACCUGCUGUGGAUGACAGACCAGCUGUAAAGCCUGCAAAAGACAGUUUGGUUAUGGAUGUUGAUGAAAGUGAUGGAGAGAACGACGCCUCCACUGAAACCCCUUACACAAAACUCUUGGAGAAGAACAGUGCAUACAGUAAUCUGUGUGAACAGGCAUCAAAUAUGCACAUAGAAGACUUGAAAUCAUUGAAAGGGCAGAUGAAUGCACCUGUGUGCAACGAGCAAAAAGUGCCAGAGGCCCUUAAUAUGACCCAAACUUCUAUGAAAGUGGCUCCGUGCAUAGUCCCAACCUUUGAUCCAAGAUCUCUCACUGUAUUCCACCAGGUACUUCUGCCUAUUGGGCCUGUGAUUCUCUUAAAAACGUUUGAUCCAGCUCCUGAGAGAAAAAUCAUACUGGGUCCACAGAGUAUAAAGGACAAUACUGGAGCAGUUACGGUGCCUGCAUUAAGGCCCAAAGAGGUUGUGUCUAAAGCUCAAGGUGGAGCAGCACUUCAGACCCUGGAAAACAAUAAUCCUUCCAGGUCUGUGGUUUCUGAUGGAUCUAAUGUUAAAAAGAAUGCACAAACUAAAGUCAUAUCAGUGCUUGAUGGCAAAGAUAAAACAUCUGUGGACACUGACAAAAAUAGUCCACGAGACAAAGAAAGAUCUGAGCCUGAUAUCAAAGAAAACACGCCCAUGUCUGUGGAACUUGUGGAAAUUGACCAAAAACCUGUGCUUGAUGUCACAAAGGACAUACCUGUGGAUGAGAGUUUAGUUAAGGCAAAGGAUGAGAUCACACCUACGAGAGAUGGAGAUGAGCAUGCACAGAAUGAUGGGAAUGAUGCGACUGCGGAUGCACAUACUGUUCAGACCACAGACAAAGAAAUGCAGAUGCCUGAGGUCAAAGAUCCAACCUCAAAACCAGAUGCUGGAGAAGAUGUUUCAAUGCAUGACCCAAAACUAGAUGCUAGAAAAGAUGUUUCAAUGCAUGACGAGAAAAACGUAAAUGUACGUGAAACAAACAAUAAGGAAAAACAGGCUGAAGUUAUACCUGUGGACGAGUCCAGUGUCGGCAAAAUUGCAGAUGUGCAAGACGUAAUCGAUAAUACUGAGGUUGGAGAUGGCUUGCCUGAAAGUUUGCAGAACGUAGAUGAUGAAGGAAAAACAGAAAAAGAAAAAGAAGACGAAGAAGAAGAGAUAAGACCUAAGCCUGAUGUCGUUGAUCGCACUUCUGUGGAUGAGGGUCAUGAUGAUGACCAAAAAAAAAGCAUGGAAGUUGAAAUGAAUGAAAUGGUUCAAGAAGAUGCCGCCAAAAAUGACCUCAACGUCUUGGAGGAAAAUGAGAAAAUCGAUAAAGUUGCGUCUGACAAGAUAAAAGAAAGUCAUGAAUGUGAGAAAACUGAAGAAGAACAACAUGGAACAGCAUGUGAUGACCAUGCAAACAGCGAACUUGACUCAGAUGUUCAUGUCUCAGAGUCUCGUGUGUCUACAUCAGAAAAAGACUGCACAGAUUGUGUGGAUAUGGAAAUCUCUGAUGGGAAGGAUUCAGAGGAUGAGAGUCAAGUUGAGGAACUUGAUGAAAAGGUCGAUUCUAGCAGUGUAAAGCUUCAGGAAAGAGAAACGAGAGCUGAGACGUCGGUGGUGGACAAUAAUGAUGAUAAGCACACUGACGAUUGUAAUGUUCAAGAAGAGUCUACAAAGAUGGCGGAUAAUUUAUCUGCAGAGAAUCAGAGCUUGAAGAAAGACCACAGUGACACUAGCAUCCAAGCAGAAAGUAAAAGUGAAGGCGUAGUGCUCGAUCAGUCACCUCAGGUUCAGAAUAAGGCUCCCGAAAUCAGCCCGACUAAAUCUGAAAGUGUCUACAGCGAGAUUUCCCCUAGAUCUACACCCACAAGCCCAGAAUCGGGAGAGAUAAUCGAGUCUAGUGAUGUUGACUCAACCAAAGCAGCUGAUGAGGAUGAUGAUAAUGAUGAUAAUCUAACCAUUUCAAAUACAAGUGUUGCACAAGUGCAGGAAGCUGAUUCAAGCAAAGAAAUUGAAUCCAAGGGUAUCCUAAAAGACGAAAAUUACGAGAAGAGGCAGCACAGUUCUGACAGUGGCGAGGUGUCACCAGCUUCUCUGGAAAUAGAUACCGAGAAUGAGAUCAACAGCAGAAGCUGCACCCCUACUCAGGACGAACUGCCUUACAGUCUCGGGGGAGAGGAUGAUUUAAGGAUUCAGAGAGUUCUACAACUGCUAGACUUCCACACGCCUGCAAACAGUAGCCCUACAGCCUGUACAGGUAUUGAAUCUGACGGGUCGGUGUGUUCUACUUCAAGUUCAGGUACAGGAACGCACAAUUCCAGCUCCCCCGGAAGCUCAGACAGGGCGCAAUCAUUCUCUGAAGGUACGCCUCGGUCUACUACUAAGCAGGACACUGAAGAAAAAGUGCCUGAUCGUAGUAAGGCAUUUGUCAGUGAUGCCCACCAUGUGCCCAAGAAGGGUCAACUUCAUUUUCAUCAAGUUAAAGAACUCGAGGAAGCCAAUUCUCCAGCGAGAGGGAGUUUAAAGAUUUCUAAAGAUAUCCAGCUUCAAAAAGACCAAUCUGACCUUUGGUCCAAGCAACACGAAGCAGAGUCAUGGAUGCGUGGGUCUAGCUUCAGCACAGAUGAACCGUAUAAUCUCAGGGAACCCUACGCAUGUGAUGAGGAUCCAGAGGCUCCUCUUGCACAAUUCAGAAACAGUACUUCUAUUCAUAGAGAACUUGCACAAAAGCCAAGAGAGGCUACAGAGAGUGAUUCAGACAUUCCUGACUGGGUACACGACUUUCACUAUGCAGCGUCCACAUCCACUGUGGCAAAGCCAAACAAAAGAGCUUUUCCUUUCAGACAUCAAGACGACGAUUCGGAUUCAUCCGGAUCUAGUGACGACUCAGAUGUUUGUUACAGAACAAAGAAGCGUAAGAAAGCUUCCUCUAAAGAAAAGUGGGAUGAAGCUUCAACGUACAGCAUAAAUAAGACCAUUUCCAGUGGUGUAGAUCGAACUAAAACCUUAAGGACGGUCACCUGUAGCCCGUAUCAUCAGAAAAGAGACAGCAAACAGUCUUUUGACUGGCACAGAUACUUCAGGAGGGAAGGAAUAUUUGAUGCAGGAGAGAAGAACCAUACGUUUGUCCAGAAUCCACCAUCUUCGAUUGUCACAGUGCUCGACAAGGAAGGAAAUCGAGUCAUAUAUGAAAAUGCUUCCUCUUCAAAGCGAUCAUCAGGUGCAACAGGUGGAAGGCUAAAUACAGACAACACCCAGUCUGUAAUGGAACAAGAGUAUCUCGUCUUCUCUGAGAACAUGAACCAAAUGGUAAAAUCCUGCAAGGCUUCUUCUUCCAGAGAAAAGUCGCACCACAGAUCGUCCCUCAACCCAGCUGAGAAUCUCAUGACCAUUCAGUUUUCGAGACUCGACGAGCAGGAGAGCUCCAGUCAGUUUGACGGCAUGUGGCCGAGUCUUACGAAUUUUAAGAUAAACGUGGACAUGUCUGAAAGGAAAGGUUCGAGAGAGACGGGCAGUUACGGUAAACCCCUGCACCUCCAGAGCCUUUUUUGUGAAAGCAGCAGUGAGGCGUCCUGCUCCAAAAUAUCAGACAUAUCAAAAGAGUGCGCCAAGUCCUACAGCAGCAUGAUGAACGAUGUUUGUACCAAAAAGAAACUUCCUCAUCAGAAAGGAAAGAUGCAAAGAAAGUGGGAUUCGGAGAGCACUCCCGUCAGCAAGCAGCCGGCAUUCUGCGGCCGAAUCAAAAAGGCCAUGUUCGACCAUCUGCAUGACAACCUGAACUCGAUUGUGAGGCAGUCGUGCAAGAUUAAGUACAAGUUCUUCAUCCUCGUUACAUCAGACGAUCCAUUUUUUAAGGAGACAAAGGACUUGCUGGAAGCAGAGGGACACACGGCUGUUGAGCCUUAUGAGUUCGACAUUGAUGACAACGAGCAAACUCCUCUUAUUAUCAUAAUACGAAAUGAGGACAUUGCUGAGCACAUAUGUGAAGUCCCACAUUUGCUUGAUCUGAAAAAGUCUUCGAGAGUCCUGUUUGCAGGGAUUGACCAGCCGGACGAUGUUGUGAACCUCACACAUCAAGAACUCUUCGCUAAAGGAGGCUUUGUUGUAGUUGAUGAAACCGCUUUCGACACCCUGAGUUUAGAGCACAUGAAAAAGGUCAUGGGCAUUAUGGAGGAACUGGAUAAAAAAGGGAAGUGGAAAUGGUUUCUGCACUACAGGGACAGCCGCAAGCUUCGGGAAAAUGCAAGAUGCAGUCCUGAGGCACAGAUGAAAAAGCAUUUCAUGGACUGCUGUCAGGAAGCUGGGAUUGUGGAGGUCCUGCCCUAUCACGAGUGUGAUGUCAUUUCACGAGACAGGCCGGACUACCUUCGCUGUCUGGUUCGUCUCCAGAUCCAGAAUGCCUCUGCGCGGUUCCCUGUGUUCAUUACAGAUACACAAACAGAGUCUUUUGGGAAAAAUGGAAUUUUAACAAUGAAUAUUUACACGCUGUCACGGAUUCUUUCAAACGACACAUGUUCCGUUUCUUAAUGCUAACUGUAAAUGACAUUUAGGCAUUGUUUUCUAUAAUACGGUAACUUGCCAUUGGGCGAGUGCCUCUUGUUAAUAGUAUAAGUUAUUAUGCUGUGAAUAUGCUAAACCUGUAGAAGUAUAAACAUGUAAAGAGUCUCAUAUGUUUCAGUUUUAAAUACUGUAAAAAACAAAAAGAAAUGCCAAUGGUAUUUUAGUGUAUUCUUUGUUUUCUUUCAUAUGGUUUUAUAAAUCAUAUUGACAAUUCUAAUUUUAAUAAAAACACUUUGUUUGGUA